AUACCGCCAUAGUCGACCAUAUAUAACGCCAUGGAGAACAUGAAGCUGGUGGUGGUGGGGGACGGGGCAGUGGGCAAGUCCUGUCUGCUGAUCGCCUAUACCACUAACGCCUUCCCCUCGGAGUAUGUCCCCACAGUGUUUGACAAUUACUGCGCCAACGUCACGGUGGACGGCAAACCUUACUGUCUGGGGCUCUGGGACACGGCCGGACAGGAGGAUUAUGACAGGUUACGUCCCCUGUCUUACCCCCAGACCGAUGUCUUUCUCCUGUGUUACAGUAUAGAAAGCAGAGACUCUUUCGAAAACGUAGAGGCGAAAUGGAUACCCGAACUCCGACAUCAUUGUCCUGAUGUUCCGAUCCACUUGGUCGCCUGCAAAAUAGAUCUGAGGUCAGGGGGUUCUAGUAGCCUUGUCACGACAGAGGAGGGUAAAGACAUGGCCAAAAGGAUUGGGGCGUCAUUCUGUGAGACGAGCUCACUUACUCAGACGGGGCUCGGGGAAUGUUUCUCCUCAUCAAUCAAACGAUCCCUGGAAUAUAUAGGAGUUAAAAAAUCAAGGAGAAAAGGGGGUAUAGUGGGAGGAAUGUUUAAGAAGAAACAGAAGCCCCUCCCUAUAGCGCCUGUCAUGCCCCCUGCUGGCAAGGCUCCCUGGGUGGAGAUUAUGACCUCGACCUUUAGUUCUGAUUGGAUGAAAGCUUUACAGAGCCCCUCCUACACGGACGUGACCUUCAUACUGGACGGUAACCAUAAGCUAGAGGCCCAUCGCCUGGUCUUGUGUGCAGCUUCCAAAUUCUUUCAAAAAGUCUUCAGAUACACACAGUGUAAACAGAAAAAUCAGUUAUCCAAAAUCGUAGAUGAAACUUUCACCAUGGAAGAAUUGACAUCCGGGGCUGUAGAAGGCAUAGCAACGGUCCUAGAGGAGGAUGUUGGUAAAAAACACACGACGGUGCAGCUUUGUGAUGGAAUCAAACCAAAAACUUUUGUACGACUUCUACAAUUCUUAUACACAGGAUUACCAAAUUUGCCAGAAGAAGUUUCUGAUAUUGAAGAGGAAAUCCAUGACUUGAGCAGAGUAGCUAAAAUGUUCGGGUUAGGUCAACUCCAAACAAUCUGUGAGAAUUGUCUAACAGAACAAGAGUUUCUGAAUCCGAGCAUAGGAACCUAUCUCAAUGACGAAACAGGAAAGAGAAUGAAAGAAAUGUUUUUGAAUAACCCUGAUUAUGCUGACGUCAUAUUCCACGUGGAUGGGACUGAAAUUUACGCCAAUAAGGUUGUUCUUGGAGCGAGAUGUGAAGUAAUGUCAGCCAUGUUUGGGGGAAGUUUUGUGGAAAGUCUUAGCACUGUAUCUGAAGUAAAACUACAGGAAGUGACAUCAGAAUGCUUCCUGGCUCUUUUAGAAUACCUAUAUACAGACCACGCCCCCAUUGAGGAGGGCGACUCGGUUGGAAUUAUGGUUUUGGCAGACGAAUAUUGUCAAAAGAGACUAAUUAAUUUAUGUGAACUUUACAUCACAAAAGAAGUAGAUCGCAACGUCAGCAAACAAAUCGAAAAGUCAGAAAUUGACGUCAUAGGCCUGUUACUCACAUCUCAGCUCCAUAACGCAGAGCAGCUUUCGAACUGGUGUCUCCAUUUUAUUUCCUCCAACUACAUCGCUUUUGAAAAAAGGAAGGAGUUUCCUCUUCUGACAGGAAGCAACAAAGACCACGUGGAGGAAAACAGAUGGCCGCCAUUAUCUUAUCUGGAGGAAGUAAAGGAGUAUGAAAAGAAAAUGGAGGCAGUUGGUGAAAAGUGUAGCAUCAUGUAAAAUAUAACUUGGACGUAAAAUGUGAUAAUGAAAUACGUCAAAAGUAUUUGCUCCCCAUGCGUCGACACUUCAUCAUCUUGGGAAACCCAUCAUAAACUUGAGCCAAUUCUGUACCUUCAUACUUCAUGUAACAACUGGCCAAAUUCUGGCGACUGCUGAGGAUUCAGGGUGACGGAAGACUCGGGGUUCAAGACGCAAGAAUGAAAAGGGGAGAUCACCUACUCCGAUUUAGUGCAACCUUGAAAAUGUAUCAAAAAUGAAAACAAGUGGAUAUAAAUGGCUAUUUUCAAAUGUACUGAAUAAAACACGAUGACAGUACACAUGUAUGUCAAAAUACUAACCCUAGUAUUAUUGUGUAAAACCUUUAUCUAGAUCAUACAUGUCUAGAUGAAAUGAUUUAAUAUGUUUUGAACUGAUCUCUUCAUUUAUAAAUGUUUGUUUACCAGAUCGUAAACUUUGGGAAGCAAGACAUUUCUAAUUAUAGCAUUUUUUAAUUGAUGGUAUUAAAUUAUAUUAAAAUGGUUGAUAUUUUGGGGGAAAUAAAUAUCAUUAAAUGA